UCCGUACAGCUGGUGCACGUACAGCAAGCUGCACAGUGGACACAAGUUUCGCUGGUCUGACUAUCGAUGUAGUUCGAUAUCUUCUCUACGAACAUGGCAGGGAACUUGGGUUUGUGAUAACUUAAGAAGGAAAAGGAAAAUGGCUUUUACGAGGUCUUUGGAUGGUAUACUGUAUGCCACAUCUUACAGCCUGUAUCCCAUACUUUACAUACAACAAGUCGUGUAAUUACGGCUACGUUCGUUUGUUUCCGUACAGCAAGCUGCACAGUGGACACAAGUUUCGCUGGUCUGACUAUCGAUGUAGUUCGAUAUCUUCUCUACGAACAUGGCAGUGAACUUGGGUUUGUGAUAACUUAAGAAGGAAAGGAAAAUAGCUUUUACGAGGACUAAAUUAGCCUUUGAACAAGUUUAAACAGUUACCCAAUCAAGGAUAUUUUGACGAGCUUUCCACCAGGAACACUUGGAAGAUUCUCAAUACGAAGUGCUGAGUCACUGAAGUGCCUGCCCUGCACCUGUCAUUCCUAAACCGUACCAGUGUAAAUCAGAACCCUACUUUGGUUCAGCUCUUACCUGCAAGUCUCGGGUCUUUCCAAAGAGCAUGUUGCCAAUGCCGUCUCUCUGCUCCAUUGUCUGGUUGCACCGAGGGAUCAAGCUAAAGAAAGUGCUUUAUUUCUCAAACACAGGCCAGGUCUGAGUUUCAACCAUUCACACCAACAGUUCAGUCAUGCUUCUUAGUUUUAGUUGAAAAUUCCUGAAUAGUGUUGCCAUCACAAUUAACAUCCUCAACACUCUGGCACUUCACUGCCCUGGUCAGUGUGUAUCAUAGUUGGAAAUCUUUGCACAUGGCUGUAGAGGGCUUCCAAUUCAUAGCAAUUUAUGUCUAUAACAAAGACUGGGACGAGGACCUUGACCUCCAGCCAGGGGACAUACUGACCGUCAGCAAGACGUCACUGACAUCUCUUGGGCUCAAGGAUGGGGACGAGGAGCACCCGGAUUGCCUGGGAUGGAUGGUGGGAGUCAACAAGCGCACCAAGCAGAGGGGAGACUUCCCUGGGACGUAUGUCCAGUAUGUGGGGCCUGUGAAGAUGUAUGUGGUGCCCAACCAGCCUCUGCAGCAGAGACCCCUCCCAGCAGCCCCCAGGCCUCAACCUCCCCCAGCACAUCAAGGGACUUCAGCUCAAGAGUUUGUCCAGCCUUUUCCACCCCCAGAAAAUGCCCUCCCCACUUUGGUAAAGUUGAUAGAGGCCAUUGAGAAAAAAGGUUUGGAGUGCGAGACGCUGUACAGGAAGUCUGGCUCCUUGGCUGCUGGCAGUCAUAGACAGAGCCUGAAUUUUGAGCUCUCGGAGCCUGAGAUGGGCCAGUACGACGUCCAGGCGCUCUCAGAGGCCCUGAUGGGAUUCCUGCAGGACUUGCCCUUCCCCAUCAUCCCAGAGUGUGUCUAUCCCAGCCUGAAGAUUGCCCUGCAAGAGGAAGCAGAGCUGUCUGUCGAGGAGACAGGCAAGCAUUUGCUGAAGGCACUGGAGCCCCCGGCUGUGCCCCUGCCAGGCCUGCUCACCCUGCAGUACCUGCUCAGACACUUGGACCGAGUGGGACAGAGCUCGCCCCACAAUGGCCUGGACCCUCACACCCUCGCACUCCUCUUCAGCCCUCUGCUGCUCCCCGCUGGGUCAGAAGAAGAUUGUCAGGUUUCUGCCCAUGUGCUUGAGAGACUGCUGGUGGUGAGGGCCUGGGAGCUGGAAGAAAUGCCACCAGCCCUACCUCCCAAACCUUCCAAAACCAAAGCCAUGGCAUCCUCUGUGAUCAAUGGAGACGGCAGCAAGAUGGCCGAUGCAGAGUGGUACUGGGGAGACAUUUCCAGAGAGGAGGUGAAUGAGAAGAUGAGAGACAUGCCGGAUGGGACUUUCUUGGUCCGAGACGCCUCAAGCAAGGUGCAAGGAGAAUACACAUUGACUCUCAGAAAAGGAGGAAACAACAAGCUGAUCAAGAUCUUCCACCGAGGCGGCAGGUACGGCUUCUCUGAGCCGCUGACGUUUUCCUCUGUGGUGGAGCUCAUCCUGCAUUAUCACCAGGAGUCGCUGGCCCAGUACAACCCCAAGCUGGACUCACGGCUACUGUAUCCCAUCUCCAAAUAUCAGCAGGACCAGGUGGUGAAAGAGGACAACGUGGAAGCAGUAGGAGAGCAACUGAAGGUGUACCAUGAACAGUACCAGGAGAAGAGCCGGGAAUAUGACGUCUUGUAUGAAGAGUACACUCGCACCUCUCAGGAGUUACAGAUGAAGCACACGGCCAUCGAGGCCUUCACCGAGACCAUCAAUAUCUUUGAGGAGCAGUGCGAGACCCAAGAGCGCUACAGCAAAGAGUACAUUGACAAGUUCCACAGGGAGGGCAACAGCCAAGAGAUUGAGAGAAUCCAAAGUAAUUCAGAUAAGCUGAAGUCUCGUGUGACUGAGAUCCAUGACAGCAAACGGAAGCUGGAGCAGGACCUGAAGGAGCAGGCGACGGACAACCGAGAGAUCGACAAGAAGAUGAACAGUCUGAAACCAGACCUCAUGCAGCUGCGGAAGAUCAGAGACCAGUACCUGGUGUGGCUCAAUCAGAAGGGCACCAGACAGAAGAAGAUUAACGAGUGGCUUGGGAUCAAGAACGACGUGGAAGACCUAAAUUCUCUGGUGGAUGAGAUGGAUGACCUGCCACACCAUGACGAGCGCACCUGGUACGUGGGCGACAUCAAGCGAGGCCAGGCCGAAGAGCUGCUAAGGGGCAGGGGUGACGGCACCUUCCUGAUCCGAGACAGCCAGUCCCAGAAGGGCUCCUAUGCCUGCUCUGUAGUCGUGGACGGGGACGUCAAGCACUGUGUGAUAUUCAAGACCUCCACGGGCUACGGUUUCGCCGAGCCUUACAACCUGUACAGCUCCCUGAGAGAGCUGAUUCUCCACUACAGACACACUUCCCUGGUCCAGCACAACGACUCGCUGAAUGUAACUCUGGCAAUUCCUGUCCUAACCCAGCAGCAACCCAGAUGAGACGCAUCGUCACCCGGACACGGCCCGGCACAGAGCAAAAACACACACAGAACUGAGACCACACACCCUCACUUUUCCCAACAAAAAAGCAAACAACUUUCUGAGCGUUGGGUUUGAUAGGAGUGGAAGUGGCAGAUAUAAUGACUGACUGGGUUUUGACUUUGAAGAGACCCUGUAAAUGUUAUAUUUUUGUUAAAUCUUUACAACACUACACAGUUUUAGGAUAAAAAUAUGUUGACUAUUUUAAAGUAACUGCUGUAGAUUCCAUUUUCCCUUUCAAUGGAGGGAAUUAUUUUUUAAAUCGACUUGUUAAGGGUGCCAUUUUGGGGGGGGUAGUAACUUUUUUUCAACAGUUAAAGAGGCGUAAGGGUUGGACAUGGAGAACAAAAAUACCUAACAAACUUUCUGUUUUCAUCAAGCGUUGCUGACAUGGCUGGAUGAUUGGGAGAUGUGGUAAAAGGCUUAACUUGUAGUGUUUUUUUGCAAGUUCAUAUUAAUACACAUUUUCUCCCACAGCGCUAUGGGACGCAUACAAAGAAAGCAUUCUCCUUUCUGUGGAGUCAUUGCUAUGUGCCCUGUCACAUAAAGCAGGACAUGUCUAGAAGACUAAAUUCAGUACCAAUGUGUUAAUCAAAAAGAUUAAUUUGUCUUUUUCUGAACGCUUUUUUUUGUUGCAAUCUAUGUAAGACUGUUUAAAAUAGUUUGAGGUUGAUGAUAUUAGAUGCUGGCAUGGCCCCUGGUGUAGCUUGAGGACACUGAUUGCUGUGACAGACAGUGGCAUAUAAUGUGAACUGGAGUUGCAGUCCUUGAUGGUGGAACACUUGGUGGUGAAAGUGCCUUCUCUUCUAAUCCUCGGUCUUCCAUUCUCUCUCUGUUGAUCAGAGUCCGUGUGGAUGCCUUGCCCCAAUCAGAUGCCAAGUGUUUUGUACAGCACUGUGUAUGAAACUAGAAAUCUGAAAUAGACCUGGCUAUUGAUUGCCUUGGAGCAGGGAUGGGUAACUCCCUCAGACUUUUACCUGGGACUACUGCCACUGACUGCUCAGAGUGCACACAUCUGGUUUCCUGGGUUAGGAUCAGGGCUCAGUGCACACAUCUGGUUUCCCAGGUUAGGGUUAGGGCUCAGUGCACACAUCUGGUUUCCCAGGUUAGGGUCAGGGCUCAGUGCACACAUCUGGUUUCCCAGGUUAGGGUCAGGGCUCAGUGCACAUAUCUGGUUUCCCAGGUUAGGGUCAGGGCUCAGAGUGCACACAUCUGGUUUCCCAGGUUAGGGUCAGGGCUCAGAGUGCACACAUCUGGUUUCCCAGGUUAGGGUCAGGGCUCAGUGCACACAUCUGGUUUCCCAGGUUAGGGUCAGGGCUCAGUGCACACAUCUGGUUUCCCAGGUUAGGGUCAGGGCUCAGUGCACUCAUUUGGUUUCCCAGGUCUCAAUCAGUUGCUGACUUAAAGGAAUGAAAGAAAGCCAGCAGACACUCUUGAGGACUGAAGUUGCCCACCCCUGCAUUACUGUGUGUAUGAUGGCGGUGUUGGAUUUGUGCAUGGUGGAAAUGGAUUUCCGUUCAUAUUUUAUAGAUGGUAGAUCUUAUGGGGGUUGUGUACCAGAUAUAAGAAGCAUGGUCUUUUCACUACAUUUUGACAUUGGGUAUGCGUAUGCAUCACAUUGGGUAUGCAGUAUGCAUCACAUUGGAUAUGCAGUAUGCAUCACAUUGGAUAUGCAGUAUGCAUCACAUUGGGUAUGCAGUAUGCAUCACAUUGGGUAUGCAGUAUGCAUCACAUUGGGUAUGCAGUAUGCAUCACAUUGGGUAUGCAGUAUGCAGUCUCUCAUGAGUAAUAGUAGCCUAAUUCCACAAUUUACUUAAUCAGACUUUACCUGCCACACUUUUGUGAAUGAGCUUCUUUCCCAGGAAACAAGUUGUACUGUAAUGCUAACAUAUACACCAGAUAUUCUAGGUAGACUUUAAACACUACUUUGACAAACUGAUUAGUACUAUGCAGCGAGUUAGACAUACAACUUCACGAUGCCUCAUCAACAUUUUGAUUCAAGACAAAUCACUGAAUGAGUGAUGACCUUUACACUUGUCAUGUAUUAAUCAGACGUUGGUGCAUUUUAUUGCUCACUUUUAGGAGUGGUUAGAUUGCCGUUCAUGUUGGGAUUGGUGUAAAUCAACCUUUUAUAGCUGACAACAAUGUUGAUGUUAACCUGUUCUUAUGUUUGUCUUUUGGUUAGGUGAGAAGUGUCUCCUUGGAGAGCGAUGACAAUAAUAGUCUGGACUAUAUACUGAACAUAGCUUUCAGCCAGAGUCCUGCUCAGUUCGACUGUCCUUCAGGUCAACGGGUCUUUGAAAACUAGGAUAGUUUAUUUGUUUUGGCAAGAGAGAGUGCUGUAUAAAAAAAGAGAGUAAAAAAUAUGUUUGUUUUCAAAUUGCACACGGUGGCUCUGCAUGCAGUAUAAGACUACGUAUGCCCUCCACUGACAUGACCACAGCCAGGUUAAGACUAGCUAAAGAUUGGUUAUAUCACAUUGUCUGGUGUACAAAGGGUGUUGGUGUCCAUUACUGAGUGUUAUAGAAAAGAACCACACAAACCGCCGCCAUAGAUUUUUCAACUAACCUGUUCUUGGGGAUUACUUCCUUCAUUCUCGAUUUCUUAGUCUGUUUCCAGUUGCAGUUGGUUCUACAAAAACCAUAAAUUCAGAAAAUAUCAAUGUUUAAGUGAGAUAUGCCUCGUGGUGUGCUUAGACCUUUGUUUGUCACCUACUUAUACGUGUGGCCGUAGAAGUAGAAUCUACUAGUUCCUGCAAUAAUGCUGGGAAUGCUAGAUCUGCGGCAGCUAAGAUGUCCAGAUACCUCCUCAUGCCGUACAAUACUUGGAUGUAAUAUUUUUGAGUUUUUGCUGUUUUUUGUAGAACCACCUGUAACUGGAAACGGACAUUUUUCAGAUACUUUCGUUAUUCUCGAUUCUGUGAAAAAAGUAUUGCCAAUAACAGGUUAGUUGAAAAAUCUAUGGCAGCGGUUUGUAUGGGGCCUUCCUCUAACGCCCAGUAAUGGACACCAACAUUCUUUGGUUAUAUCACAUUCUCUGGCAUACAAUCUGUAGCUAGGUCUAGACAGUCUGUUCUCAGUGACAGUAUUUCCCCUGGCCUUUUCUGUGGACUUGGGCUCCUGAGUGGCUUAGCGGUCUAAGGCACUGCAUCUCAGUGCCAGAGGCGUCACUACAGACCCUGGUUCGAUUCCAGGCUGUAUCACAACCGGCCGUGAUUGGGAGUCCCAUAGGGCGGCGCACAAUUGGCACAGCGUCGUCCGGGGCAGGGUUUGGCCGGGGUAGGCAGUCACUGUAAAUAAGAAUUUUUUCUUAACUGACUUGCCUAGUUAAUUAAAAUAAAAUAAAUUAUAUUGGAGGUAGACAAAAGCUGUGCUUGAUUUCUGUCUCAGACCGCUAUGACGGUGCAACGUAAAACGACACAUUUCCUCAGCUUUUGAGAAAGCCUGUGAGUGGGUACAAAUUUGAGGCUUGAGUAGGGAUGUCGCUGUGCCAAUGUUAAAAUCUGCUACUGUAAAUGCACUACAAAGACAUGAAUAGGGAGCUCAUGUUUCAGGAGUUUUUAUUAUAAUUUGACUUGAACAGGUUCAUUAAUUUACAAUAACUGUCUAUGAUAGGUCAGAAACACUCCGCAUAGUGGACAUCUCAUUUUAAGACAAGGACGGCAUCAUUGGUGGCUCUUAAUGGUCUGUUUGAAAGUGGCUUUUAUGAAACCUGUUUGUGUUUUGUUAUUUGUUCAUCAUAACCUGAGCAGAUUUAAUUGAAUAAGCUAGUGUGAAUACUUUUGGUGAUAUUCUUUACAUUUAUAUUUCAUGCUUAUUUAGAGAUGUAAUUUCUCUAAAUAACCAAAUAGAUUGAAAAGACUGUGAAAAGGCUGUUUACACAGGCAGCCCAAUUAUUUAUUUCACUAAUUGAUCUUUUGACCAAUCAGAUCAGCGCUGUGAAAAUAUCUGAUGUGAUUGGUCAAAAAAAACUAUUAAUGGCAAAAAUAUCAACAAUAGGCUGCCUGUGUGGAAGCAGUGAACUUUUUUAGAUUUUGUUAUCGAGAAUGAAACUCGUAGUAUUUGUUGUAUGUUGACUUUCAAUAGUUGAAGACUGCUUGGUUUUUAGCUUUUGUAUUUGUGAAACUGUGCUGAAAAGUCUGUUAGAUACUGCUAUUUGAUACACAUAGUAUGUGUAUAAUACUUGGCUGGAGUUCAGUCAUUUGAAAUGUAGAAAUCCCCCCCCAAAACAUUGCUAAUGAACAGCAAAAUGCACUUUUAAAUUGACAAAAUUCUGUACAAUUAUUGCAUUACCUAAUGAAAAUAUUGGCUGCACUCCAUAGUAUGUAUUUGUCAGACUGGUAGUUUUGUAUGGUACUAAUGAUAAACUUUAAUAAAAUUGUUAAUUUUUAAGCUGUCAAAAUGCAUGACAUUUUUCCCCAAAUUAUUUUGACAAAAGCAAUCCCUUGCUCAGAAGCCAAUUGAGUGUAAAUGUUGGGAGAAUUGUGACAUCUACUGUCACAACAUGGUCAUACAAUCUAUGGUUUUCCUCACUGUAGCCUUGGCAAUUUUCUAUGUAGUUAAGACACGUGAUGGACUGUUAUGUACUGCUAUUUCUCUAAUGUUGUGACUAUAUACAUUAUUAAUGAUCUAUCAAUGUUAAUUCAGUCAAUCAAGAAUGAUUCUACUCUGGCCUAAGUUUGAAGUUUGUUCUUAUUCCUGUUUUGCCUACCAAAUUGUCCCUGUAUAAGAAGUGUCUGAAACGAUGAUAUGGCUGUUGUGGGAUGUCCAAUGAGAGAGUUUGGUCACAAGAAUCCAUCUCAUCAACACAGCUAAGGAUGAUUGUUGUAGUCAUUGGUGGAAGGAGCUCCAACCCACUCACUCUUCAAAUUGGUCACAGUGUUGUCUGAGGGAAAUGUUAAGGAAGGCUCUGACUUCAGUACCUGUAAGCAACAUGAAGUUUGCAUCAGUGUUAGUCCUUCUUUUUUUCUGCUCUACUUUCAAGAAAUCCCAUGGAAAGUCAAAACCCAAACCGGGCUGUGAAUACCCCCCGUCUCAGUGGUGUAGGAGUUUGGAAAUUGCAAUAGAAUGUGGGGUAAGUUUGGAGUAUCGUUAUCAAGUUCAAAUAACUGCACUCGGACAUAAUGCCAGUUGCUAGGUUCUGUUUUUAAGACUUUCAUAAGAUCUAUUUUCAUGUACCUUUUUUUUCUUGAUUAUACCCUGGUACUUUUGAAUGUGUCGCAUGCAGCCUACUACAGAAGUUAUUCAGUUGAAUGAUUAAAUAACCUGUCUUUUUUAUUUGUACUUUUUUACAAAUAAACUUUCCAAUGGCUAAUCUCA